AUGAACUUUCUAAAAACGCUGGCAUCAUCCGUUGGUGGUCCCAUGAAGAUGGUUUUAGUCGUGCGAUCAGACUUAGGAUUAAGUAAAGGAAAAAUCGCCUCCCAAUGUGCACAUGCUGCCAUCAUGUGCUAUAUCCGGUCGACCAACGUUAACGAAGCAAAGUUGCAAAACUGGCUGCUGCAGGGUCAACCGAAAAUUGUUGUCAAAAUUGAAAACUUGUCAGAAUUUGAAAAACUUGCUGCUCUGGCGCGACAAAAAUCGGUUGUUGCAGAGAUUGUGAGGGACGCUGGACGAACACAAGUUCAGAGUGGAACGGAAACUGUACUAGGGCUUGGUCCGGAUGUGAGUGAACUAAUGGAUCCUUUAGUAGAACACUUAAAGUUGUUAUAGUUUGUCAAUUAAAAAAAUAAUGCAAUGAUGUAGUCAAUAUGUUAGUCUUCUAUUAAGUGAAUAUAUGAAUAUAAAACUGAUGUAUUUUUGCUUGUAUUAUAUAAAUAGUUAAUACACAAUGAUAUGGCAAAGCUGAGAAAUAUAAGUCGGAACAAGGAUGUUUAA